ACAACGAGCAAGCAGCACAAAAGACCACGAAGAAGAAGAUAAGACGGAAACUGCAACAACAACAAGCGCGUCGGGAAGUUUUCAGUCAGUCAGUCAGUCAGUCAGUGAUGACGUCGCCGAUGCCGACGAAGGUGUUCCGCAGCCCUGCUCGUCACGGCUACGCGGUAGAGGCUUCGCCCUUCUUGGCCCAAAGGCUGGCGUGUGCCACCUCUCAGCACUACGGCAUAGCAGGCGGGGGCUCGCUGCUGGUCCUUGACGACACGCCGGACGGACUUCGCCUCGUGAGCAGGUGGGAGUGGAGCGACGGGGUGUUUGACGUGUCGUGGAGCGAGGCCAACGAGCAUGUGUUGGUGGCGGCGGGCGGCGACGGCAGCUUGCAACUGUGGGAUGCCCACCGGCGGAACGUCGCCCCCCUCAGGGUGGCCAAGGAACACACGCAAGAGGUGUAUGCGGUGGACUGGAGUCAGACGAGAGGCGUGGACGCCAUCGUGUCAGGAUCAUGGGAUCGCACCGUCAAAGUGUGGGACUCCGUCCUCGGCCAAUCGCUGAGCACCCUCACGGGUCACCAGGGGGUCGUCUACAGCACCAUUUGGUCACCUCACAUCUCGGCGUGCUUUGCUUCAGCCUCAGGUGACGGGACGCUCAGAGUGUGGGACGCGAAGGCAGGCGCCUGCCGAUUGGUGGUCCCAGCUCACAACGCUGAGGUUCUGAGCUGUGAUUGGUGCAAAUACGAUCAGAAUAUUGUGGUGACAGGCUCCGUGGACCGCAGUUUGCGUGUUUGGGACCUGAGGAACCCCAGGCAGCCUGUCAAUCAAAUGAGAGGCCACGCCUACGCAGUCCGUCGGGUCAAGUUUUCUCCAUUCAGUGGCAACAUGUUGGCGUCCUGCUCGUAUGACUUCACCGUCAGGUUUUGGGACUGGAAGAAUGCAAUUCCUCUCGUGGACACGGUGGAGCAUCACUCUGAGUUUGUGUGUGGAUUAGACUUCAACAUGCACGUACCCAACCAGGUGCUGGACUGUUCGUGGGAUGAGACUGUGAAGACCUACACGCCGCCAUGUUUAUCUGCCGCCACGCCACACCCCUGACCAGGACACGCCGAUGAUAACGAGGAUGAUGAGGACACGCCCCCGGCCGCCAUGACAUCAUCACGACUCAGUGACGCAGGUCACCCGAUGCCGCCCCACCCCCCGCCUUUGUCGUGGCGUAGACUUAAACAGGAAGAAGCGCCGCCUGUCUGCAGCUCAACUUCCUGUGGCGAACGGCUGUACGUCCGGUAAGAACGAGGCAAGCGGCUGAUUGGACGGCUUCUGGUUUUCCAUCAAUCGGGUUGCUGGCGUGCACUCAUGCUGGCUAAUUCCCGAUUGGAAUGCUAACCUCGCGCCACUACGUUUCAACAUUUCCGUGGCGCCAAAUGACAGCAGAGGUCGUCCGCGGGAACUUCCACGUGGAGCCAGACAUUGAAACCUCGCUCCUCGCUUGUUGGGAGACCAACUGAAGUGCGUCUAUGGGGCAAGCAGAUUAAUUAGCCCCCCUCACAUGCUCUCUCUGAACUUAUUUGAACAUUGAUGAACAACAAAUGAAUGAAGGGUGACAUUCAAUUAUGUAAAUGUUGUAAGCUUGCCAACAAGAUGGCGACUAACUUCAUACGGAAUGUCAAAGGAAAAUGAUUUUCAUCGGGCGAAGCGUGCUACCAGCUCGACGUUGGUGUGCGAGAAUGUGAAUGGGUGUGUGUGUGUGUGUGUGUGUGUGUGUGAGAGAGUGUGCGCAUGAGUUUAAAUAGGAGCGUUCAUGUGUGCGUGCCUGCGAGAAAGCGAGUGCAUUGUGUGAGGUGUUGGCAAAGUGCGUGUGCGGAUGUGUGCGUCUUAAUGCAAGUGUUUAAUGUUUCUGGUAAAAUGAAUACCUCCUAAUCUUGGAGCAACAAUAGACGCCCCCCCCCCCCCCCGCGUGGGCCGAGUGCUAAUCUUCUGCCCGGGUUAAUGGGAAGGAUGCCCACCCCCAUGACCUCAAACUGAUUUCCUGAUGAAAAGUUUUAAUUAAAAUGAAACAACUUUUCAUGGCUCUUGGCAUAAGGGGGCUCGUCACCCCCCCCCCCCCCCUCCCCUCUUCAUCUUCCUUUCGGCUGCUGCUCCCUCUUCCAGGGAUUCCCUUCUCGGGCCUUUGAAUUUGCUUAAUGCGUACAUGUACAUCGGUUGCACCUGACAAAAAUGUGUUCAACUGCCAAGCCGAGUCGAUUUGUAUCCCCCUCACUCCAAAUGCGUCUCAAAGGUCUUCACGGGACCCCAGUUGACGAAGAUUGACAUCACUUGAUCUAAUCUCCCCAAACGGGCAGGGAAGAACUCCAAACUCCAUUUUGGGGAAAAAGAAGAAACCUUGAAAAGGGACCGCAGAUGGGGCGGGGUGAUGUCGAGUGGGCAACAUUGGAAUUGAAAGAGAUGACGCCUUCUGGGAAGCGCUUCUCCCUUGAGGAAUUGUAUCCUCCUGCCAGUAAGUGGUCCAACACAUUAUUUGAUGAUUUCUGAAGAAAAUGACGUCGGUUUAGCACAUUUUAAUCUUGUGCAAACAAAAGUGAAGUACUUUUUUUCAGUGUACAAAGGCGGGUGUUGGUGGUGGUUU